AUGGAUACGUUUGGUACUACAUUGCAGUUCAGUACUACUUCUCAUCCACAGACUAAUGGACAAACUGAAGUAGUAAACAGAUCUUUGAGAAAUCUCAUUAGAGCUAAAUGCAUGGAUAACAGUAAGCAAUGGGAUAUCUUACUCCCUCAUAUGGAAUUUGCUUUCAACACUUCAGUAAAUAGAUCUACUGUAAAGGCUAAGCUGGCUGAGUCUAAUGCUAAGUACAAGAAUGCUGUAGACAUGCAUAAGAGACUAAAGACAUUUAAAGAAGGCGAGUUGGUUAUGAUUCAUCUACGAAAAGAAAGGUUUCAUGUUGGUACUUAUAACAAGACUAAGAUGAAAAAGUAUGGUCCCUUCAAAAUUCUCAAGAAAAUCAGUGACAAUGCUUAUGUCAUUGAUCUUCCUAACGACUGGAACAUUUAUAAUGUUUUCAAUGUUCAGGAAAUAUUCACCUUCGAUGAUGACUCGUGGAAAGUCUACUGGACGAAAGGCACCAAGGAAGCACCACUUGCUUCCUUGGUGCUUCCUGAGCCAGAAGUUGAUACCAAUCUUCCAAGGAAUCUUAGGAGAAGACACAGUACAGCUGUUUCCAAUGGUCAUGAUACCAAUGAGAAAGCAAAACCAGCAUCUGACGAGGUAUGUGAGUCAUUAUUCGAGUCUUUUGUGCGUGAUUAUGAGGAUUAUGCUCGUAAUGACGUAGAGGAAUUAACUGUAAGAAUGGCAGAUAAAGAAAUUGAAAUACAUGAAGAUAUUGAAACACUGACUAAGCAGAAGGUUGAUUUGACAAUUGAUAUUUAUUCACUCAACAAAGAGAAGACUACACUCAGCACGGAAAAGACUAAAAUCGAAAGUCAUGUUGCAGCACUCAAGAAAGAGGAGUCGACAAUGGGAAUUGAAAUUGAUUCACUCAGCAAACAAAAGAAGAAACUGGAAAGUGAUAAUGAAUUACUUAAUAAACUAAAGACGAAUCUGGGAAAUUUUGUUGAUGAUUUCAAGAAGGAGAAGUCUGGAUUGGUAGAUGAUAUAUGUAUGCUCAAGAAAGAAAAGAAAAUACUGGAAAACGAGAAGAUUGAAAUGGGAAUUGAUCCUGGGUUACUCAUCAAGCAGAAGGAUACACUGAGAAGUGAUAUUUGUUCUCUUAAAGAUGAGAAGAAUACAUUGGCAAGUGAUAUUGAGUCACUUAAAAAUGACAAGGCUAAGUUGGGAAGUGAUCGUCUGUUAAUCAAUGAAGUGAAGUAUAAACUGGGAAGACUCAACAAUGAGAAGAGUAAAUUGGAAACUGAUCUUCAGUUAAUGAACAAGGAGAAGGAUAUAUUGGGAGGCGAUAUUGAAAUACUUAACAAAGACAAGCAUGCAGUGCAAAGUGAUAUGUGUUCGCUGAAUGCAAAGAAGAAUUUCCUGGAAAAUGAAAUUGAAUUGCUUACCCAAGAGAAGAGUCAAUUGGGAAAUGAUACCACGCUACUCAGCAAGGAGAAUACAAAAUUGCAAACUGACUUUGAACUUCUGAACAAAGAAAAGUCUACAGUGCAAGCAAUUGAUGUUCUUCUACUCAAGAAAGGAAAGUCUGAAUUAGAAACUGAUUUUGAGUUCCUCCAAGAUGAGAAGAAUGAGCUGCAUAAUGAAAACAAAGAUAAGUUGCAAGAUGAUAUUGAACUUCUCAAUGAGGAGAAGGACAAUUUGCAAUCUGAUAUUCAGUUUCUCAACGAAGAGAAGGCUGAAUUUAUUGAUUCUGCGAUAACUGAAGUUCUCGAAUCUAUUCAUAAACGAGAGAAGGCUUUAGCUAAGAACGAAAAAGUGGUUGCCAUGGAGCGCACUUUCAUUGAAGAGCUCAUAGAAGCUCAGCAAGAACUUAUCAAGCAAAUGGGGUUAGGAAAGGUAACCAGAAAUACAGUGAUUGGAGUGAAAAAGAGAAAGAGAGGAGAUCCAGAGCUGUGGAACUUCAGAGAGAAUAAGAGAGCCACGCUGAAAGAAGUAAUUAGUUUUCACUGGAAUCGUACAGAUAAGUAA